UUUUCCCAGAUUCCAAAUCCUAUGGGACCGUGGAGCCAGUGGGAAAGGAGACACCCGGCACUUCCUGGGAGAGAGCCAAAGGGAGUGAGGUAUCCGUCAUGCUCACCGUGUCUGCAGCUGCUGCCAAGAACCUGAACGGUGUCAUGGUGGCGGUGGCAGAGCUUUUGAGCAUGAAGAUUCCCAGUUCUUAUGAAGUGUUGUUUCCAGAGCGAAAUGUCACCGGUGAACCCAGGAAAGGUGAAACUGAUGCACAAAGCAAAGAGAAGCCAGUAGUUUCAAAGGGCCCUGAAGGAGGACCAGAGUGGCUGAAACAGUUUGAUGCCAUGUUGCCUGGCUACAGUCUCAAGAAUGAACUGGACAUCUUAACUUUGCUGAAACAGGAGACUUCAGUUCCAGAAAAAGCUGCUCAACACUGCUACAUCAACAACGUUGCCAAUCUGGAUGUCCGGCAACUCUUAACGCUUCCUGAAGAACCGUCUCCUCCUCUGUCCCCAUUUGCACCCUCUCCACCAAGCCCACCCAAGAUUCCUGAGCCGCCCCCUGAGCCAGAAGCACCACCUCCACCUGUGACCUCCCCUCCACCCCCAUCCCCUAAAGAAGAAGCCCCUCAGUCUCCCCCUAAGGCCAAGCCUCGCUCCAGGCCCCUGGAAGAGAGUGAGGAGAGCAAGCCAAGGCUAAAAAAGUGGAAAGGGGUGCGAUGGAAACGAUUGCGCUUCCUCAUUACCAUUCAGAAGGGUGGCACCAAGCGUGAUGGGGAGAGGGAAAUUGCGGAGUUCAUUGAGCGCUUGGCCACCACUCUUCGGCCCGAGAAAGUGCCACGUGAUUUACGGAAGUGCUGCUUUUGCCAUGAGGAAGGAGACGGGGCCACGGAUGGUCCAGCCCGCCUCCUUAAUCUUGAUCUGGACUUGUGGGUGCACCUCAACUGCGCCCUCUGGUCCACGGAGGUUUACGAGACUCAGGGUGGGGCCCUCAUUAACGUGGAAGUAGCACUGCACCGGGGCCUGCUCACCAAAUGCUCACUUUGCCAGAAGACCGGUGCCACUAACAGCUGCAACCGUAUCCGCUGCCCCAACGUCUAUCACUUUGCUUGUGCUAUCCGUGCCAAGUGCAUGUUCUUCAAGGACAAGACAAUGCUGUGCCCAAUGCACAAGCUCAAGGGUCCCUGCGACCAGGAGCUCAGCACCUUUACUGUCUUCCGGCGGGUUUACAUCGAGCGGGACGAGGUCAAGCAGAUUGCCAGCAUCAUCCAGCGCGGGGAGCGCCUCCACAUGUUCCGAGUGGGAGGCCUGGUCUUCCACGCCAUAGGGCAGCUCUUGCCCCACCAAAUGGCAGACUUCCACAGCGCCACAGCACUCUACCCUGUGGGCUAUGAGGCCACCCGCAUCUACUGGAGUUUGCGGACCAACAACCGGCGUUGCUGCUACCGUUGCACAAUUUGCGAGAACAACGGCCGGCCAGAGUUUGUGGUUCAAGUGAUGGAACAUGGUUUGGAGGAUUUGGUCUUCACAGAUUCCUCACCACAGGGUAGGGAUCAGCUUGGGCAUCGUUGUCAUAAGUUUGCUGGUUGCGGGAAACAUGAAACAGGCUGUAUAAUUUCUCUCUUCAUGUUUUUCCAGAACCGAGGCAUCUACAUGUUCCGUAUCAAUAAUGAGCAUGUGAUCGAUGCCACCUUAACAGGUGGCCCUGCCAGGUACAUUAAUCAUUCCUGUGCACCGAAUUGUGUGGCUGAGGUUGUGACUUUUGACAAGGAAGACAAGAUCAUCAUCAUCUCAAGUCGCCGAAUACCCAAAGGAGAGGAGCUGACAUAUGAUUACCAGUUUGACUUUGAAGACGAUCAGCACAAAAUCCCGUGCCAUUGUGGAGCCUGGAACUGCAGGAAGUGGAUGAAUUAGCCCCAAGGGGCUCUUUGACGAGGCAGAGGCCAACCUGAUAGCCUGGCACACAUGGUGCCCUCGGCUGGGCGAGAGAGGCCUUUUCUGCCAACUCUCCCAACCAGCCAGUGUGGUCAAGAGCCACCCAGGGAAAGCAUGAUUGGAACUUGCCAUCCCAACAUGCUUGUGGGGUAGCCGGGACCCAGAUUUAAAAGGGGGCGAUGUCAGAACUACCUGCCCCUGCAAGCCAAUAUCGUUGGUGGUUUACAUCGAGUUGGUUCUUUUGGCAGGUGGGUUCAGUUGCCUCCUGCUUCUUGACAAAGGCAAACCGACGUUCCCCCCCCGAUGAAAGGCAGCCAUCGCUAGCAACUCCACCCGGGGUGGGAAAACGGAUAAACUGGAACUCAGGGUUUUCUUUUUAGUAUUUUUCUUUUGCGGGCAAAAUGGGGAUUCUUCUACCCCUGUGCACCUGUAUAUAAUGGACUAUCAGAAAUAUACUGCGGUGGGGUGGGGAGAGCCCUGGGGCAUUCUGUCUAGCAGAGCUGGGGAAAGAGGGCUGCAGCAUGGCUACGGAAGCCCCAGGGAAGAAUUUGUAGGGUUUCCUCCCACCCACCCCCUCUGUGUGUGUGCGUGUUGGACACAAGAAGAAUUAAAAACAACAACAACCCUAAUCUCUAUUGCUUGCUAAUCUACCAAGGUAACAAGAGACUUCAAAGAGACUUGUUUUAGCUUGACAAUCCACCUUCCAGAGCGCCUCCCUCUGGAUUUUCUUUACUUUUGGGUGUUGGAUUUAAAACUGUGUGUGAGUGCGGGUGUACAUAUGUGUGCUUUUUGGAAUCGGUCUGUUUCCGAGAGAGAGCAGGCACUGCCUUGCAGGAAUUGGAAACAGAACGUCCCCGUCUCUGGCCCUACCCCACCCCGCCCCCGAAAUCUUCCAUGUGCGAGGAGCAUCUGCACUUGAACCUACCUCAUUUGAAGCGUUAGAUUUUGGUGUCUUUCUCUCUCCCCCCUGCUUCUCUCUAAUGUGAGCCCAUUGAGCCCCAGGAGAGCCACAGUUGCCCUGUCAUCCAUGGGAAAUUACUCGGAGGUGAGGUGAGAAAUGUCUUCUUCUGGACUUGUCCUUUGCCUUUUUUCCUCUUCUCUCCCCGGUCUCCCUUCAACCCCAGGUAGCCCUCAGUCUCCUUGACUUCUUGAGAGGCUGAACCGCAGAGCGCUGGGAAUCCCCAUCCAUCAGCAGAAGAGCCAGAUGCACUGCAAAGCAAGAGGUGUCUUGAUUAUGCCAGGAGGAGAGAGAACAUCAGGUCACCUGAGGCCAUACCCAGCAGAGCUGCUUGGUCGAUAGAACCAGAGGCGAGAUAUCUUUGUGCCCAUGGGCCAGAAAAGGGAAAUGUUCAUGGGAUGAAGAAGGAAAGGGUUAGCACUGGUGAACUCUUGACAGUGUCAGAUGGGAGAGAGCUGGUUCCCAGUAAGACUCAUGUCCCCCUCCAGUAAAAGAGGCAGUCCGGUUCCCUCUCUCCUCUCCCCUGAUCAACUUGCUGCUCUGAAGGCUCACAGUGUGGAUGCGUGCGAGUGUGGAUGUAUAAUUAUGUCUGUAUAUAUAUAUAAACGGAGGAGAUUGAGAGAUGUGGGCACAUUGCAGAGUUUGGGAUUAUUUAUCUAUUUAUAUAAAUAAAUAAAUAUAUAAAUAUAUAUAUAAAUAUAUAAAUAUAUUGUGUAUAUAUUUGAAAUAGCAUGGGGAGGAACACCCUGCCUGCAGGGUUUUUCUGGACUGCUGGGUGGAUCUCUGCAGAACCUUCCCCACCCUCCCACUCCAUUGGGGGGGGGGGUGCACGGGAACUACGGGAGAGAGAGAGAAAGAGAGAGAGAGAGAGAAACUUGUUUAUUUGCAGAAUUUUGGGUGGGAAGCGUGUAAAGAGCUUGUUUCUAUGCUUCCUCUGUAUAUACAUAUAUAUUUUCCUUUUUUAAAAAAAAUAAGAAAAAAAAUCAGUUUAUAACCAGUAUCUAAAGAGCCAUCUGCCCAGCAGCAUCUCCCUCCCCCCCCCCCCAAAUAGGGAAAUUUCUUAUGAACCGAAGGCAAACUAUGGGCAUUAUACAGGUGAGACCGUCAGAAAUGUGUUUUCACCAUUUAAAAUAUGAUACGCGUUCUCCCUGCUGCUGAAUGAAACUCUGGAAGACUGCUGUAACCCUUGAACUGAAGUUGACACACGAGAGGAGCAAACGUCAGAGGGUCUUGAUGGAGAAGGCUUUCUUACCGCUCAGAUCAUUUAACGCACAACUGCACCACUUUCCUUCUCCGGUUUCUAAACACACACACAUCCUCCAAUAUGCCCAUAAGAGUGGCAUCUAACCGACCACAGUUCACAGAUGAUCGAUCAGACAGUGCAGAGGGGAACGUGUGCAUAGUCGAAGUCAGAAGAAGGACAAGAGGGGGGUAUUAAAAUCAGGGUUAGCAUGCAAAAGUGUCUUUUUUAAAUAAAUAAAAAAAGUGUGGCAAGAUGAGAACCAUGUUCUUGAGUGCAAAAGCUGCUUCUGCAAAACCGAUCUAAGCUAUGACGGUUACAAAACAGUAGGAGGUAAUGAUAGAUUAUUAAAGUAAUUAAAACUGUAUAUAAGAUGACAUUUGUGUAGAGAAGGGGGGAAUUUUUAUCAUUUACAAAACCACUGGACGUUGUUUUAAAAUAAAGGUUUGAGUUAAAGCCAGUAUACAUUUUUGUCUCUUUGGAUUUUGUUUUUUGUGUGUCUUUCCAUUAAUUUGGAAGGCUGUAAAGAUGUAAAAAAAAAUAAAUUUUAAAGAAUUGAUACAAAGGUUUAAAAGCUUGAGAGAGAUUUUAAAGAUGAUAAAAUGACUGAAUAUAAUAGAUUGUCAAGAUUUUUUGGGAUGACGGUUAGAGUUUAAGAUAAUUCUGUAGAUUUUAGCUGAUGAAGAAAAAGACUAUACGAUUUUUAAUUUUUAUAUAAACUAUAACCUGGUCUUGAAGCUAAAAAAUUUUUAAAGUUCUCUGCCUGUAUAACCGCAUUUGACGCCUUGUCCCAUACAUCUGUUUACAGUUGCACAUAUUAUAUAUAUUAAGUUUUAACCCUUUUAUGAACCCAAAUAAUCACUUUUUAAAAAAUAAAGUGUGGACUUUGUGAGGAAUAAUA